GUGGGCAGCCUCAACGCUCCACCGGAAAGGGGCUCUCAGAAGAGGGGGAGGAGCCUAAAAGGGAUUGCGGGAGAAAGGCUUCUUCCUUUCGGUUUGGCGGCAGCCAUCAGGUAAGCCAAGAUGGGCGCGUACAAGUAUAUCCAGGAGCUAUGGAGGAAGAAGCAGUCGGAUGUGAUGCGCUUUCUUCUGCGGGUCCGCUGCUGGCAGUACCGCCAGCUCUCGGCGCUCCACAGGGCUCCCCGCCCCACUCGGCCGGAUAAAGCGCGCAGACUGGGAUACAAGGCCAAGCAAGGUUAUGUCAUAUACAGGAUUCGUGUGCGCCGUGGUGGCCGCAAACGCCCAGUUCCUAAGGGUGCCACCUAUGGCAAGCCUGUCCAUCAUGGUGUUAACCAGCUAAAGUUUGCGCGAAGCCUUCAGUCUGUUGCUGAGGAGCGAGCUGGACGCCACUGUGGGGCUCUGAGAGUCCUGAAUUCUUAUUGGGUUGGUGAAGAUUCUACAUACAAAUUCUUUGAGGUUAUCCUCAUUGAUCCAUUCCAUAAAGCUAUCAGAAGAAAUCCUGACACCCAGUGGAUCACUAAACCAGUCCACAAGCACAGGGAGAUGCGCGGCCUAACAUCUGCAGGCCGGAAGAGUCGUGGCCUUGGAAAGGGCCACAAGUUCCACCACACUAUUGGUGGUUCUCGUCGUGCAGCUUGGAGAAGGCGCAAUACUCUCCAGCUCCACCGUUAUCGCUAAUAUAAGUAUGAUGUUUGUAAAGUUCAUACCUAAUAAACAAUUUAGGACAGUCAUGUCUGCUUAAAGGUGUUAUUUGUCUGUUAAAACUAGUCUGCAGAUUAUUUCAUGAAUGCUUUGUCAAAUUAUGGAAGUUAAAGUGCAAUAAUGUUUGAAGACAAUAAGUGAUGGUGUAUCUUGUUUCUAAUAAGAUAAACUUUCUGUCUUGCUUUAUCUUAUUAGGGAGUUAUAUGUCAGUGUUUAAAAUAUGCUAUGUGGUAUAAUAGGUGUCAAAUUCUUUAAAAAGAGGGGUGCUGGAACUAGCCCUAUAGAUUUGUUUUGGUGCAUGUGACAAAACCUACAACUUAAUUGGGAUGAUGUAAUGCUCCAGUAGUGGUUGGGCUUUUGGGAGUGUGGCAGUUCAAACUUUAGAUUUUGAUUAAGAUGAUAGGAGGAUAUCCUAAUCCUAUAACAUGGAUAUAUGCAUUCAAUUUUGAAGCCCACAUUUUAAAAUUUAACUCAGUGUUUCAUUUGUGUAAUUGCUGCUUCUGAAAGGGGAAAAGCUUCCCAAAUGCAGUCAAACUUUCAGAGGAAUAAAUCUGUUGUGAGAAAAUUAAAAGAAUCUUAGAAAUUAAAAAAAAUCUAGGCUAAACAAAAUUGCGAAAGUCUUCACCAUGUCCUAUAAGUUCACAUAAAGAGUAAAAGCUGGUUUAAUAACGUGGCUUGUUGGAUCCAGCAAAGUACAUAAUGCCAGUUUGAAACCAUAUUGAAUCCUCAAGCCACAUGUGCAAAUGUAUGUCUGGCUAUUUAAAAGCACUUAUUUGCUCAGUCAAGUCACCAGGAACUCACACAAGGGUACUUAAAAAGUUGUUACCUGUGUAAUUUUAUGUUGUGUGGCUAUUUUUCUCAUUCCUGGUGAAGCAAUCCUCCAAAUCUUUGAGUUGGUCCAUCAAUUAAGUAUAUUACCACGUUGUUUCAUUUCUGUUAAUCUUUUCCUGUAGAUUAGGCUGCUCUUUCCUAGGGUGAAGUUGAAUGUGGCGGAGGAAUUGCCCCUUAGUCUUCAAAUUCUGGGUUUGCUGACAUUAUAGGUGUUUCAAUUUUAAAAUCUAAUUGAUGCCCUUCUUGAACUGAUUUUUCUUCAGCAAUUUCAAGUCAAUUGAUUUCCAGGAAAUAAUCUGAAGCAGGCUCAUAAAGCCUUGAGAAUCAAAUUCCUUUCUACCCAACAAAACAAAAGCCCAUACAUUUUGAUUGUGUGUAGAAGUUGUUCAACUAAAGGAAUAAAUGACUGUUAAACAA